CUUGCUAUGUUCAAAUUACCUUUAUCUACGAGAAUUGUUACAUCACACCGAGGAUUCUAAAUUCAAUUUUCUCAAGAUUUUAGGUCACUUAGUUUUCUACUGUGCUUUUUGAUUUUACGUGCGAAGGUAGAAAACUUAAAAUGAGUGCCUGGAGACAAGCGGGUUUAAAUUACAUAAACUACUCUAACAUUGCCGCUAAUAUACUGAGACGAUCUCUAAAACCACAACUCAAAACCGAAGCCAUGCGCCGUGAUGAGUCCCAUGUUCGAAUCACACCUUGGGCUAAUGGAAAGCCUGCGCAUGAAAAAGAUUAAAAUACCAACAAUCUACAAAAUGCAGCACCUAAAUAGGAUGAAAAUCGCUACAAGAAAAUAAUAUUAUUUUAGUCUUAUUUAAUCAUGGCUUCAAAUGUAAUGCUGUACUAUUAAAUAAAUCUGUUAAAACUAAA